AUGCAGAGAACACACAUGAGUAGGAUUACGCCACGAUUUCAAGGCACGAUAGGCAUCAAAUCACCAUAUAGUGGAGUAUCGCCAGUUUCCCGACACAGUCUUCGGGUCCUUGUGUCUGCAAGAGCGGGGACCAAGACGGCUUUGAGGCCUUACAGCAGUUCUGCUAGUGGUAGCUCGCCCAUCAAGCCGAAAGCCUCGUGGGCUUAUUCGUUUCUUUUUAUUGCCCUUGGCGCCUUGCUGAGCGACCAGUACAAAUCUUACCGAUCUUCAUCAAUAACGACGGGAGUCAAGGAAGAAGACCCCUCUCCAAAAGCGCCCAAAGAUCCAAUCACUACACAGCUUAAUACGGAAAGCAGCGUCUACACCGACGAUGCUAACUCAGUGGCAUCCUACCACGUCACGAGAUUAGAAGCUAGUAGUCCUUGCGAAGAUCGCUAUGUACACGGAGAACUGAGCGCUUCAGAGGGUAGCGUCUUGCAAGGCCCAUGGUAUGCCUGGGCCGUAUUCGACGGCCACGCGGGUUCGCAGACGGCGGCCUUGUUGACGAAGCGGUUGCUUCCCGCUGUCCAGGACGCACUCAGUUCCCUGGACUUGGACAGCGCCGACGACAGGGCCGUGAGCGAAACUGUCAGCAAGGCUUUCGUCGCCCUGGACGACGAUAUUGUCAAGGGCGCCGUCGAGGCCGUCCGCGCGGGUGUUCCAUAUCAUGAGCAGAUAGCAAAAAUCAUGCCGGCCUACACUGGGUCCUGGCUGUCCUCGGCCAGCAGGACGCAGACGGCAAGUGGAACGAACGCAACGUCUCUGUCCGUGGACCAGACCGGAAGCAACGACGACGAGAUUGCACGGAUCAAUGCCGAACACCCGGGCGAGAGCGGCAUUGUCAAAGGUGGGCGCGUCCUGGGCCUCAUGGUCUCGCGCGGCUUUGGCGACGGAAGAUGGAAAUGGGAUCUGGAUUUUCAGAGCGAAAUUAAAACCAAAUUUGAAUUGGGAUUCAACCCGCUCUCACCAGCCAAGUACGAGGUCAAGACUCCGCCUUACCUGUCAGCUGAGCCGGUCGUGACCACGACCCAGCUGGACCGCAAGAGACCAUCAUUUCUGAUCAUGGCGAGUGAUGGGUUCUGGGAUCGAGUCUCGACGGAGCAGGCUGUAGAUCUCAUUGGCGGGUGGCUCAACUCGCGCGAAAUGGCACAGCAAGUGCCUCUCGGCCGAGAUACUAAAUCGAGUUCCCGGGCCGUUGUGGAGGAUUCCAGAGGGCCGUUCAGCUUGGACAAGUAUGGUUGGGAUAAGCCUGGUUUUCGAUUCAGUAGAGACCGAGAGAGUUUCCAGGACGCCAACAAUGCAGCCGUUCAUCUGUUAAGAAACGCGCUGGGCGGUAACUAUGUAGAAAUGGUCGAGGCAAAUCUGGUGGCCGAGCCGCCUUUUGCUCGGAACUCGAGGGAUGAUAUCACUGUCCAGGUCAUAUUCUUUGAUCCGUCAAAGCUACAGCUACCGACCUGA